CCAAAAUCCUUAACCAUGUCAAAGGUUUCUAAAUUAAAUUCACCCUUGGAUGAAAUCAAAUAUCAAUUGGAGGGUAUAAAACUUAAGCGUAACAAAGACAUUCAGGAAAAUGAUGUGAUUUUUUUGAAAGCCUUUGCAGAAAAUAAGGCUAUAAAUUCAUUAAUAAAAGCUCAUAAUACACUUCAAAAUGAAAAAAUACUUUUACCUAUUUCUACUGAAUCUUUGUCAGUUAUAGAUGACAUUUAUGAAUGGAUCUUAAACAAUUCUCUAAUGAAAUCAAAGUCACAAGAAUUAUUUAAAGAUAUUUCUCAUUUAUUUCAAAAUCAUUAUUUUCUUUCACUUUUAGAAACACAUGAUACAAUAGCUUCAAAACAAUUUUAUAAUAAUUUUACAAAUGGAAAUGAUCAAAAGUUGAAAAAUUUUGCUAUAUUAGAAAAUAAUAAUUCCAAAAACACUAAAUAUAAUAAUGGUUACAACUCUAAUAUUUAUAAUAAUAAGUCGCGUGAGAACACCAUUUCUAUUAUAGAUGAAUAUGUACAUUCUGAAACCCCAAUGAGAAUUAUAGGUAUUAAAGUUUAUAAAAAUCAACCACUGGGAAUAACUAUCAAAGAAGAAGAUAAUGGGGAAUUUGUAGUGGCCCGUAUAUUUCAAGGUGGAUGUGUGGAUAAACAAGGACUUCUACACCAAGGGGAUAUUAUACGGGAAAUGAAUGGAAUGCCAAUACGGAAUAUGGAGCAGGUCAAUCAUAACUUAAAGAUAGCCCUUCAGAAUAGUAAUAUAGAAAAUUCUGAUAAUAGUAGUAUCACUCUAAAAAUAAUACCAAAUUAUGCUGAAAAAAUUUAUCCAGCACCCAUAUAUGUCAAAGCUUUAUUUGAUUAUGACCCUAAAAAAGACAAUCUUAUUCCUUCGAAAGAUGCUGGAUUAAAGUUUAAAGAUGGUGAUAUACUUGAGAUAGUAAACAAAGAAGAUCCAAAUUGGUGGCAGGCUCGGAAAGUCAGGAUUUGUAAUUCUUCCUCCAAUACUAUGAGCACCAAAUCAACUAAUAGUUUAUCUGACAAUGUAUCUCACCGUAGCUCACAAGAUAGAACUAUAGAUAAUUCCAUUUAUGAUGAUUACUUUAAUAAUAAUCCUGAGGACAGCUCCUGUGCCAAACUCAUCCCUUCCCAAACAUUGGAGGAAAGUCGUAAGGCCUUUGUCAAGCAAAAUGCAAAUAUUAUUAAGGAUUACUCUGAUGAAAUACUUGCUAACAAUGAGAUUCCUUUGUCCAGUAAUCAACGUUUGCUAGCUUGUGGUGCUGUUGUUACUAAAAGAACCAGAAAACUAAUAUAUAGGGCUGAUUGCAACAAUGAAUUUGAAAGCUGUGAUGUGAGAGUUUACAGAGAGGUUAGCAAAAUGCCACCAUUUCAACGCAAAUGUCUUAUUUUGGUUGGCCCACGGGGUGUAGGAAAAGCCUUUAUCAAACAAAUGCUACUUAAUAAAGGUGAGUCAUGCUUUGCUGCCCCUGUACCCCACACUUCCAGACCUAGAAGAGAUGGAGAGGUUCCAGGCAUUACCUACCAUUUUGAAUUAGAUAGGGGUAAGAUGGAGAGAGACAUAGCAGAGGGUACAACCUACUUUGAGAGUGGUGAAUUAGGCGGGAAUCUAUAUGGCACACGCUUUGACAGCAUUCAACGCAUUGUUGAUUCAGGCAAGAUGUGCAUUAUAACCUGUAAUGAUCCUAGGAGACUUAAAUACUUGAGCAAUCCCACUUUUACACCUUAUGUGGUAUUUGUAGCUUGUCCAUCAGUUGAUAAGCUCAGAAAAUUGUGGAAAACCACAGUUAGCAUGAGGCUCAGUGGGCAUCUUAAACCAAAUAGCAAGCCUGGACCACCAGAAUUCGGUGAUCAUAUUUACAUAAAAGGCCAUGUCACGGAAACUGGCAAUUCCAAAAAUGGAAUAAGGAAAGGUGGAUCUUCUAGUGAAAGUGAAGAGAAUUCUAGUGAUGAUGAUCACAAUGAUGAAAGAAUCAAGGAAAAUACCCACUCAAUCCAAUCAAAAAUCUAUAAUGGGUUUAAUAAAGCUAAACUUCCUAUCACCCAUAACCUGAAUGCUUUGAUGGUGGACGUGGACAACAAUACAGGAAAUUCUUCCCCAAUUGAUGAUUCCGAAAGAAGAAACAGCGAUUCAAAAAAACAUUUUAAAGUACCCAAAAUUCCUGGUAUGGAUAGCAAACUAGCCCCAGCCCUCCUUCUGAGCCCCCUCAGGAACCCCAGGGAUUCAGAUUGUUUUGACAUCUUCGAGGAGAGUGCUACUAUAAAGCAGAAUUAUGACCACAUGUUUGAUCUGACCAUAGUGAAUAACGAUAUUUGGGAGACUUAUCAAAUAAUAACAGAGAACUUGGAAAAAUUGAAGACCCAAACACAAUGGGUUCCCACUGAUUGGGUCUUUUGAAGCUUUCAUUUAAAAAAAAAAUUAAUAUACACAAAAAUGUACAAGAGUCACAAACUAAUUUCCCGCCUACCUGUUUUUAAUCUUUAUUCUUUACAUUAAUAACAUAAAAAAAUAUCUGAAACGGUUCUUUAUUAUUUAGGCGUCUCAAUAUAGUUUUAAUAUCCAAUUUAGAAUGACUAAAUUUAUUCAAUUUUUAAAUAUUUUAUAUAUUUAAAAAAAAACAAUUGUAUUUUUAAUAUACUCAAUUUUUUUCAAUCAAUCCACCCCCCCCCCUCUUUUUUUUUAUAUAAAGAAAGAUUACAAUCAGAAUGUGAUUUGCGUAGUUCGGAUGACUCAUGAAAAGUUAUUACGAAGACUAAAUUCUUAAUUUAUUUUAUAUAUAAUUGUGAUAAAUAUCAUCAUUAAAGGACAUCCAGUUUUAUACAAGCAUUUUUUUAAAAUAUAUUUUAAAAAGUUUUUUA